ACUUCCUGGCAGAUUGACAGCUUCACAGCGCCAGUAGUUGUAUGACGCUAGUCGGGGGAUAUUCGAAAGCUUUUCUAUUCAUCUACAAAACAAUAUUCUACUCAAAGAGAUCUAUUUUUAGAGUUUAAAGGGACUGACUGUACCAUAGAGGGACACGGACGCCCAAAACAAAGUAAGAAGGGACGCCCGAAGUGCGUGUUUGAUGGCGGCUGGGGAUGGAGCCCAGCUGCCGGCCACAGUAGCGGCCAGUCGGAGUGUGGAGAAAGCCCUGGAGGACGCCGCCGCUAGCGGGGCUCUCAACUUGGCAAACCGAAAGCUGAAGGAAUUCCCUCGGAGCGCCAGGAACUACGACCUGUCCGACAUUACCCACGCAGAUCUGUCCAAGAAUCGUCUGUGUGAGCUGCCAGAAGAACUUGGUCAAUUCAUUUCUUUGGAAACGCUGAGUCUUUACCACAAUGGCAUGCGUUCACUGUCCUCCUGCCUGGGCCACCUCCAGGCCCUCACCUACCUCAAUCUCAGCCGAAACCUUCUAUCAAGUUUGUCCCCGUCAGUGUUUGAGCUUCCUCUCCUGCGAGUGCUCAUCAUCAGCAACAACAAGCUAUCUUCACUGCCCGCCUCCAUAUUCUCCCUCGCACAGCUCCGUCAGCUGGACGUGAGCUGCAAUGAGCUGCAGUGUUUACCACCAGAGCUGUGCCAGCUGGAGUGUCUCCGGGACUUAAACCUGAGGAGGAACCAACUCACCACUUUGCCUGAAGAAAUCUCAGAGCUCCCACUAGUUCGACUCGAUGUGUCCUGCAAUCGCAUCACCCGGGUGCCCUUGUGCUACCGCCACCUGCGGCACCUUCAGAGCAUCUUGCUGGACAAUAACCCACUGCAGAUGCCACCUGCGCAGAUCUGCUCCAAGGGCAAGUACCACAUCUUCAAAUAUCUCAACAUGGAGGCCUGCAAGAGGAGCCAGGAGGAGCUGGAGAGACACCUAAGGCCCACAGGUUUCAACAGCUGUUUGUCAGAUCAAGAGCUGUUCACCGGCCAGUUUGGAGGCCUGGACUCUGGUUUUAACAGCGUUGAUAGUGGCAGCAAAAGAUGGUCUGGAAACGAAUCAGCAGAUGACUUCUCGGAGCGUUCCCUCCGCAUGUCCGAGGUCAGCAGAGACCAGAGAAACCUGGAGGAGGAGAAGGAAGAAGAGGAAGAUGUCUCUCUUCUAGAAUCUAACAAAGUCAAUGGCCAAGCUGAAAAGACAGACUUCAUUGACAGCAGCGUGACCGAGGAAGAGGACGAUGAGAUGAACCACCACGAGAUGGACCCCCCUACUCCUACUACUCCUACUCCUACUCCCCCUCCUGUAGUGGUACAUCGAGUGCAGCUGAAGGAGAGAGAGUCGUCGUCCCACAAUAACGACUCCACAAAAUGCCGAGCCGCUGUUCAUGUGGAGGUCUCCCUGCCCUCGUCACCCUCACCCUCCAGCCCCACCACGGAGGAGCGGCGCCGACCAGGCACGCUGAUCAUCUGGCAGGAGAGAGAGCGACAACAGCAGCAGCAGCAAGGAGAGAAGGCCAGUUUGCUGAAGGCACUGAACAAAACAGGAAGUUUUGUGGCCUCUGCGCCUCCGACAGGAAGUUGCUCAGAUGGUCCAUCACCAGAGAGCAGCCCAUCCCAUCGUAGCUCUCGACCGAGAUGUGCAAGCACUGAACACAUCGUGUGUUCUUCAUCAACAUUACUUAUCCAGCGCUCCAGGAGCAGGACAGAGGGACCAUCCUCCCCAAAGACGUCUCCUCCGCCCGCUCAGAACCAGAAACCCAACAGCUUCUUGUUCCGCACGUCAUCUCGCAGCAACGUCAAACCCGCAGGCUUGUCCUCGAGCGAGUCUCGCGUCACAGUUCGCUCGCCCAAAGAAGAAAGAGUGGAGGUCACGCAGCUCCGCAAAACGCUAGAGACACGGCUGAAGAUCACCUUACCGGAGGAUCUUGGGGAGGCACUGUCCAACGGCACCGUCCUCUGCCAGCUGGUCAACAGCAUCCGAGCUCGUUCGGUGUCCAUCAUCCACAUUCCGUCCCCUGCUGUGCCAAAACUGAGCUCAGCCAAGUGUCGACUCAACGUGGAACACUUUCUUGUUGCAUGUCGCAAGCUGGGCGUCCCCGAGAUGGACAUGUGUGUGUGCUCUGAUGUGCUUCUGUCUAAGCUGCCCAAUGUGCUGCAAUGUGUCAAAGCCUUGCUGGCCCUGCCAGAGGAGGGCCCAGCGGACGACCGCCCCCUCAAGCACCCCCUGCCUUCGUCGUCCUCGCUGCUGUCCACAGAUUUCCUGCUCUUCUACUGUGUGGCCAUGGUGCUGCUCUACGUCCUCUACUGCUACCUGCUCACUUAGGCUACAUCCCAUAAUAAUAAUAAUAAUAAUAAUACCUAGAACAGCAGUGUGAGUGCACAGCGUUGCUGUUAAAACAAAACACAAUGAAAGAAAGCACUACACUGGAACACAGCAGGUUAGCCUUAAUGCCUUAGCCUAGCCUAGCCUAGCCUAGCCCAGCCUGCACAUUGUAAUGCAUGAAGUUCUUUGAUACAUUUCACCAAUACACACAUUAAUGACAUAUAUUUUGACUAUGUCAAAUCAAAAAAUAUCCCCGAGUGUUUUAAAAUAGCAAUGGAGUGUAGUCCAGUGACGGGCAACAUGGAGGUAAACUUUUUUUUUGGUGUGGGGGGGAGAAAACAGGCACACCGUGUGCAUGCUUGUAUGCUGACCUGAAGCGGAACUGUGAAUGUCUACUUUAUUGUCAUCAUUUUGAACCUUCUAAAACAGGUGUGUCCAAAUGUUUACCAUGGAGGGUCACAUAAAAAAAUCAAAGGAAGGGCCAUUUUGAUAUGUUUAUGGAUAUAUAUAUAUCAUUUUUCUUUUGUAAAAAAAGGUUAAACAUGUUUUAUAUAAUUAAAAACAAAACUUUUUGUUAGUAAUAAGCGUUAACAAGUGGCGGAUAGUGCAUUUGGUACAUGGGCCUUCAGUGGGGGCCUCAAUUUCACAAUAUUCUCAAUAUCAUGUUGCAAUUAUACAAACCAUUAAUAACAUACAAAAGUGCAAUGGUAUUACACAGAGACAGGCGUUUCACACCACCAUUACUCAACACAAAACCCGCUUAAAACUUGAAUAGGUUAAAUCUUGGAAAAACAUAUCGCCAAUAUGCCUGAGUUACAUUUCUGCUUGUAACUUUGAUCAUUUCCGACCACCAAUCACCGAUAGAAGCUACCUGAAAAUUUGGGGCUCUGCUAAAUGUAACAAGGAUCAGACAACUCCAAACCUUCACACUACGACAUCAUCUGGAGCAGGCCAUAAUGAGGAUUUACUGUACAUAAAACAUGUGACAUAAAAACUUCCACUUGGAAGCACUGGUCUGGAAGUGGCAACAAAGCCUUUCCCAGGAUUCAGGGUUAGCCAACCUAUCCUUAUGAUGUAGCGAGUUUAAGCUAAAGUCCUCCUUGGGAAUGGACUGAAUGAAAUCAAAGAGUAUGUUUACUUCUCCCAUUGUGCAAAUUACGACUCUUAAUUUGCUCCGAUCAAACAAUCAAUGUGUUAUCUAGCUGGCCAAUGAGGUCAAUCUGACAUCUGAUUGGUUCAAGAAACAUCUGCAUUGCUAAUCAAGUUGAGGUGGCUUGGGCCAGCACUCCAGAUUCGGAAGGCCCUGGACAUAUUAGAUUGACAUGGCAACAUGUAGAACCAUGUUUAGGCCACUGGACUCGACUCGGCCGAGUGGUUAGCGCGUUAGCUAGGAGACCUGAGUUCGAUUACACCUUCGGCCAUGUCUGUUUCGAGUUUGCAUGUUCUCCCCGUGCAUGCAUUGGUUACCUCCCACAUUCCAAAAACAUGCUAGGUUAAUUGGCGACUCCAAAUUGUCCAUAGGUAUGAAUGUGAGUGUGAAUGGUCGUUUGCCUAUAUGUGCCCUGUGAUUGGCUGGUGACCAGUCCACACAGCUGGGAUAGGCUCCAGCACCCCCUCGACCCUUGUGAGAAUAAACGGUAGAAAAUUAAUUGAAUGCUUAGACCAACAGAGACUUAACAUUGUGCCUUUUUUUGUUGACUUUUGUUUCUAUAAUGUACCGUGGGCCAAACUUUGGACACCCCUGUUCUAGAACAUUUAAAUAACGCAAUGAGACCUAGUGCCUCGCAAUAGACGCACCACUCCUACCCUGCUGUGCCCGCUAUGAACAGCAGGGGGCAGGGUUGCUGCAUCAAAGGCCCAAAAGGCUGACUUUUUCUGUUAUUGUCCAAACUAAGGUACAAAACACGCACGUGUACAUACAUACAUACAUACAUAUAUAUAGAUAUAUAUGUUUGUCUUUUUAGGGUUGCAAAUGACUUUGUAUAAAUGUAAACAGCUGAUUUAAAUUAUCUUUUUUUUUUUUUUAUUUUGAGUGGUUUCAUUAAGAGGGCUUCACUACAAUGUUUAAAGCCAGUAAGGUUGGGUUGAAGCUUUUUGAAAUCCACUUUGACUCCAACAGGGAAUUAAAUAAUCUAAUAUACAGGCUUAAAAGAAGUGAUUUUUUUUCCCCCCAAAAAACAUUUUUUCAGCUAUUGCAUGAGUUCAAAAAAAUGAUCGAUUCCCCAGAGGCUCUGACUGUUACUUGACACUCGUGUCUGCCUUAUUGCACAUAAACAAGUCUCUAUUCGUGUUUGAGAAUGGAAUCCUAGAGCCGUGACAAGAGAUGAAGCAUUCUGUUUGAUUUCCUGCAUUUGUCAAGUUAGCUGCUGUUUUUUCUACUGUUUGUAUUUCUAUCGUCCUGCUAUUUGCAUAACUAUACUGUUUGAAUACAAAUGUUUAUUUUAUAAAAAUCCAACUUAUGGCUGGUUUCAACUGAGCAGAAAUACACUACAGUGAUCUUUUAUAUUUUAUACUUGACGCUCUGGUUUUUCCAAGUUGAUCUAUGUAGUCGUUGGCCUCUUCUCCCCUCCUGAUGUAAAGAAUUUAUUAAAAACAACUUUGUGACUU